AGAGCUCGCUGCUCCAACGUUUCUCUCUUCUUUCUUUUUAGCACUCUUUCACAAGAUCAGCGUUUUUCUUAUUGGGGCGUCACUGCACUUCACUUUGCGGGAAACAUCUGUAACACUCGUUCUCCAGUCGCACACCCCAGUAGUAACCAUGUCGUGCCAGGUGGGUCAGCACAACUGGAUCUUCACCGACUCCGCGGCGUGCAACGUCGGUCCGGAUCUGCGGCUCCGUCAGUGCAUUUGCCCUCUCACCACGUGUACCCCGACGACAACCGGCUACGCCUGCCAGCUGACGACGUCGAUGAUGGUGCUGGGCUUGCUGCUGUUUGCCGUGUGGAUCGUCGCUGCGUUCGCGUACGUGUACGUGUCGAACUACAUUGGCGAGCUGGAGCUCGAGUCACGCGUGGAGAAGGUGGUGUCGCUGAGCCGCGACUACUACUACAACAAAUUGUUUGGCACCGGCAGCGCGGCGUCGCCCUCUAGUGUGUACGUGCCAACUGACAAGUGA